AUGUGGUUGAAAGCGAGGAGAAAGCGCGACAUCCAUGAGAAACCUUCAGAUCCAGAGGUGAAAGUCGCGAAGUUUUUGAAAGAAUCUGUAAUACGAGGCUCUCAUGAAUACUAUAAGGGAAUAUUCAUAACACUUUGUCAGCUAUCUCAUCAAAAGGUGAGAGCGACCAAAUUGGUCAUCCCGACACCUAUAGAUGCCGACAUUGUCCGAACUCCGGCAUCGAUUUCCCGACCUGAUUAUCACUUCCUGUAA